AUUUGGCAUGCGGACCAUGGCAUAACAGGUCAGAAUGGUCCGUGAGCAGAGAAGCCUGGGUGAGUGGUUGGCGGUUUUAAUCAUUUGGCAUGGCCUUGUGACCUGGCCUGAGCUUUCUUUUUUAGUCGGCCUUCAUCUGCUCUGUCGCUGAAAAAGCGAGGGAGGCAGGGCGACACGAGCACUUCUCCCUCCCUGCCUAUAUGUUUUAGAAAACAUAUUUUUGUCGGGAUGCCACCCUCUCCUCUCAGUCUAAGUCUGAGAGCUACGGAAGCUGGCUCAGAUCGUGCUCACGGAAAUCGCAACGUGAGGGUGCUAUCGCAGUUGGGGAAAUCACUCUCGUGUGGCUGCUCGGCUCUCGCGAACCCUUUGAAUUAUGUCUGAGAAAGCUCUUUGCAAAGGCCAACCAAAGCCUCCCACGGAGGUCGGCAAGUUGCGCCUAUACAGCAUGAGGUUCUGUCCCCACUCCGCGAAGUGUCGCCUCGCCCUAUUGGCGAAAAACGUCCCACACGACGUGGUGAAUAUAAACCUGCGCCGUCAACCGGAUUGGUUCAUGGAAUUGAACCCUGCAGGAACCGUUCCGGUCUUGGAAGUUCCCAACGGCAAGGUCAUAGUCGAUGCGUCACUCAUUAUCGAACAUAUUGAAGGCCUCGGGGGAGAGAGUCUCUAUGUCAACAAAGUCGAGGAAGCGGCCUUGAUGGAAAAGGCGAAACAGCUAUUCAAAUCUACCGAAGAUGUCAUCUCGGGUAAAAUCCAAAACGACCUGUCGACUGGACUAUCGGACGUCUAUCACGCGAAAAUGAAUGAGCUUGAGAAUCACCUCAAGGCGAAGGGGACCAAGUUCCUGUUCCGAAACGACAAACCGAGCAUCGCCGAUUUUUGUAUAUUCCCGCUAUUGAAUGAGGCCCAAUCUCUUUGCGAUGUUCUCCCGUCUCUCAUCAAGCCCGUGGAUAUGGGAACACAUCCGAAGUUGAACGACUAUAUCGAUGCCAUGGGAGCUUCUGAGUUUGGAAGCUACGUCGACUAUUUCGACCUCGUCGCCUUCCACAAAGGAUUAAUAAUGGACAAAGAAUACCUCUACAAUGAGGGACUCUUCUGAGAUUUCAGACAGACCCCCGACCUAACGACCUGCAUGCGUUCAGCCUAGCCUGUCCCCCGCGUCAACGAUGUGCCAAGUGAUGAGGUAUCCCGAAUGAGACACUCUCUCGAAGAAUGUGACUCAAAAUAAAUCAUGACUGAAUGCAAACGAAGCGCUUCUCUGCCUUCUCACCAAGAUC